AUGGGGGACCUACAGUUUGCCAAACAGUUCCUCACGUCCAUAGACAGCAAGCCUACAAAGUACCAAGCGGACCAUGUCUUCGAUCCUCGAACUUAUCAAAUGAGAGUACCUUACACCUUGCCCAAACUCUCCAACCCACCGCACCCUCUCCCGCCCAAGACGAAACCUGCGCCGCCGCCCGCACCUGGCUCCGAGUCCGCAAAACCGACUGUCUCGGUGACGCUGAAAUCGGCGCGGAACCCCAACAUGACACUCACGCUGCCAACGAUAGAUCCGAGCACGACCACGAUCCACAGCCUGAAGGAACAGGUCCAAGCGCACCUGGGCGGGCCCGGGGUCGUGCAACUGGACAAGAUCAAGUUGUUACAGAACAAGAAGCCGAUCCCGCCCUCCAAAAAGACGUUGACGGAUGCCGUGGACGACAAGGAUCUCAAAGGCCACGCGGUGGAGUUGGGCGUAAUGGUUAUGGGUGGUGCUCCCGAUCCAAAACCUCAGGAGGACACGGCGCCUUUGGCGGCGGCGGCGGCGGCGGCGGCUACAACGACGACCACAGGCACGUCUGGGAGCGAGAAGUCUACGGGCACGCCCAUGGAAGGUGUGGACGCGACGGCACAGGCGAAGGCAACCCAGAGCACAGAACCAGAAGUGUCUGAGCCCGUGCAGCCUGGCGAGCCCAGUGGCGAGAGCGUGUUGCAGACCAGUGGGUUCUGGGAUGAUCUACAAGGGUUCUUGGAACAGAGGAUACGCAAUCAGAGCGACGCGGUGAGGUUAAGGGGUCUGUUUGAGAGUGCGUGGAGGAGUCAUAGUUCAGGACCAUGA